AUGUCGCUAUGGCUCCCCAGACCGUCUCCGUCCGUCCUAGCGCGCACCUAUAGCCGCCAGACUACCCUUGUGAACGUCCGCAUCGUCGCUCUCGUGUCCCAAAACUCGCGGCAUCAUAGAAACCACCCUCAUCUACUCGUAAGGAGGUUCCAGAGCACACAGUCAGGCCCGGAUGCCCCGAAAAACGCUUCCACGUCUGCUGGAGACGCUUCAAUGCCCGACCCGAAGCCGACGCCCCCCACACCCAAAGAGGAGGUCAUCCCGUUGAGCACGAGGGUGUGGAAGAAGGUCAAGCAUGAAGCACAGCAUUACUGGCAUGGCAGCAAGCUGCUCGUCUCGGAAGUGCGCAUCUCUUCCCGCCUCAUGUGGAAGAUCCUCCACGGCGAUAUCCUCACGCGGCGCGAGCGUAGGCAGUUGAAGCGCACGACUCAGGAUCUGCUGCGACUGGUUCCGUUUGCAGUGAUCGUUAUUGUGCCGUUCAUGGAACUUCUGCUCCCCGUGAUUCUCGCGGUCUUCCCGAACAUGUUGCCUUCGACUUUCGAAGACAAGUUCGCAGCAGAGGAGAAGCAGCGCAAGCUGCUCCGUGUCAGGCUGGAUAUGGCCAAAUUCUUGCAGGAGACUCUGCGCGAGUCUGGGCUGAAGGCAAAUGCGCACAUCGUUGGCAGUGACGCCUUCAAAGAGUUCUUCCGCAAGGUCCGCUCGACCGGCGAGUCGCCCUCCGCCACGGACGUGAUUAAUGUCGCGCGCCUGUUCGACGACGACCUAACGCUCGACAAUUUGUCGCGGCCGCAGCUAGUCUCGAUGUGCCGCUACAUGGGCAUCAACGCGUUCGGGACGGACAACUUCCUGCGGGGCACAAUCCGCACCCGGCUGCUCGAGCUCCGCCGUGAUGACAACUCGAUUCUUGCGGAGGGCGUCGAUGAGCUGAGUACGUCUGAGCUGCAGGCCGCGUGCCAGAGCCGCGGCAUCCGCACCACCGGCAUCUCCCCCGCGCGUCUCCGCGACGAGCUCUCCACGUGGAUUAACCUCCACCUGCAGAACCGCGUCAGCGGUGUCCUGCUCGUGCUCGCGCGAGCGUUCCAGUUCGAUAAGAAGCCUGGGCUGAACGAAGAUGGCAAGGCCGCGAUCAUUCAGAGCGUGGAGAGCGUGCUGUCUGGCUUGCCGGAUAACCUGCUCAACGAAGCCGAGCUCGAAGUUGACUCGGACAAGGCGAGCUACAAGCAGAAGCUCGAUGUGCUCCAACAGCAGGAGGAGCUUAUCGAGGACGAAAAAGAGCAGGAGCAGAAGGAGGAGGAUGCCCGGCGUGCGCGCAAGGAAGAGGAAGCGCGUCUCGCCCGGUCUCUCCUGCCUGAGUCUGAGUUUGAGCCUGAAAAGCUCGAGGAGGGCGAUGCCCGCAUGACCACCGAGCAGCUGAAGGAGCUCGCUGAAGCUCUGUCCGUGCUCUCGUCCACGUCCAGCAUCAAGAAGGAGCGCGACGAGUUGCGCGCACUGAUGGAAGAGAAUCUGCAUGCCGAGGAGGACCCGAAGUCGCCGUCGGGCGCACUGACGAAGCGGAUCCGCACGAUGCUCACAAAGAUCGACGGCCAGAUCUGGGACUAUGACGCGCGUGUGGGCUCCUCGCUGCAGAUGAUCUCGUGCGAUCCGCAGGGCCGGAUCUCGGUCGAGGACCUCGAGAAGGCGCUCGCUGUGAUCAAGCACAAGCCGGAUGAGGAGGUCGGGCACCGCGUCAUCGAGAAAUUGGACGUAGAUAAGGACGGGUUCGUCGAGCUCGAGCAUGUGCUGGGUCUUGUCAGAGAGGAGGGCUUGGGUACCGUUCUUGACGAUGAGGCGCAGUCUAUCCUAGGACAGGGAAACGAGCUCAGGAACAGCAAGCCGCGCAAGGAGGACAUCGUACAAGAGUAG